AUCCACACUUGCGCACACUGGAAUAGGCGCUCUCGCAGUAUAAGACCAAGAAGACGAGGAGGAGGAGGGGGAGGAGGAGCGCGAGCAGGAGGAGGGGGAGUGGCGGCCUGGGAGGCCGCGCUUGGGUGAGCUGAGAUCCAAUGCCAAGGCCGUGAGCGCGAGGCGAAUAGGCGAUCCUGUGGGGGGAGCUCGCGAGGGGGAGGAGAAGGCUGCACAGUACGUGCGUGCGUGGUGGCGAUGGCGGAGGAGACGGGGAGCUGCGGAGGCGGCGGGGGAUGCGAGGCGGUGAAGAAGAGGGUGGACCAGAGCGUGGCGUUCCAUGAGCUGUUCGGCUUCGCGGACCCGCUGGACUGGCUGCUCAUGGCGGCGGGGAGCGCCGGCGCGGUGGUGCACGGCGCCGCCAUGCCGGUGUUCUUCCUCCUCUUCGGCGAGCUCAUCAACGGAUUCGGCAAGAACCAGCAUAGCCUCCGCCGGAUGACCGACGAGGUGUCCAAGUACUCGCUCUACUUCGUCUACCUUGGUCUCGUGGUGUGCGCCUCAUCUUACCUUGAGAUCGCGUGCUGGAUGUACACGGGGGAGCGCCAAGUGGGCGCGCUGCGGCGGCGGUACCUGGAGGCCGUGCUGCGCCAGGACGUAGGCUUCUUCGACACCGACGCGCGCACCGGCGACGUCGUCUUCAGCGUCUCCACCGACACGCUCCUCGUCCAGGACGCCAUCGGCGAGAAGGUCGGCAACUUCAUCCACUACCUAUCGACGUUCCUGGCGGGCCUCGUCGUCGGGUUCGUCUCCGCCUGGCGGCUCGCGCUGCUCAGCAUCGCCGUCAUCCCGGGAAUCGCCUUCGCUGGCGGGCUGUACGCGUACACCCUCACCGGCCUCACGUCCAAGAGCCGCGAAUCGUACGCCAACGCCGGAAUCAUAGCCGAGCAGGCGAUUGCCCAAGUGAGGACGGUGUACUCCUAUGUGGGGGAGUCCAAGGCCCUCAACUCGUACUCUGAGGCCAUUCAGAACACAUUGAAGCUGGGGUACAAAGCAGGGAUGGCCAAGGGGCUUGGCAUUGGCUGUACUUACGGUAUCGCCUGCAUGUCAUGGGCGCUGGUGUUCUGGUACGCAGGGGUGUUCAUCCGGAAUGGCCAGACUGAUGGCGGAAAGGCAUUCACCGCGAUUUUCUCUGCAAUUGUUGGCGGCCUGAGUUUGGGACAAUCGUUCUCGAACCUAGGCGCUUUCAGUAAAGGAAAGAUUGCCGGGUACAAGCUAUUGGAGGUGAUAAGGCAGAGGCCGACCAUAGUUCAGGACCCAGCAGAUGGAAGGUGCCUGGAUGAAGUCCAUGGCAACAUAGAGUUUAAGGAAGUGGCCUUUAGUUAUCCAUCCCGUCCGGAUGUCAUGAUAUUCCGUGACUUCUCUCUGUUCUUUCCUGCCGGUAAAACGGCAGCUGUUGUUGGUGGUAGUGGAUCUGGAAAGAGUACAGUUGUGGCUCUGAUUGAAAGGUUUUACGAUCCUAAUCAGGGUCAAGUAUUGCUGGACAAUGUGGAUAUCAAGACACUACAAUUGAAAUGGCUGAGAGAUCAGAUUGGUUUGGUGAAUCAAGAACCUGCACUCUUUGCGACAACUAUUCUUGAAAACAUUCUUUACGGCAAACCUGAUGCCACAAUGGCUGAGGUUGAGGCUGCCGCUACAUCUGCCAAUGCCCAUAGCUUCAUUGCUCUCCUUCCUAAUGGCUACAACACUCAGGUUGGGGAGAGAGGACUACAACUCUCUGGGGGUCAGAAGCAACGGAUUGCCAUUGCUCGUGCAAUGCUGAAGAAUCCGAAGAUCCUUCUCUUAGAUGAGGCUACUAGUGCACUUGAUGCUGGUUCAGAGAAUAUUGUUCAAGAGGCCCUUGACCGCCUGAUGGUCGGCAGGACAACUGUUGUGGUUGCACAUAGGCUGUCAACUAUACGUUGUGUUGACAUGAUUGCCGUGAUUCAACAAGGGCAGGUUGUUGAGACUGGUACCCAUGAUGAGCUCCUUGCGAAAGGAAGCUCAGGAGCUUAUGCUGCUCUCAUUAGAUUUCAGGAGAUGGCCAGAAACCGUGACUUCCGUGGCCCAUCCACCCGCAAGUCCCGGUCAUCCCGAUUGAGCAAUUCGCUGUCCACUCGCUCAUUGAGCCUUAGGUCUGGAAGCUUGAGGAACUUAAGCUACUCAUACAGCACUGGCGCAGAUGGCCGUAUUGAGAUGGUUUCCAAUGCUGACAAUGACCGGAAGUACCCAGCGCCUAAGGGUUACUUUUUCAAACUCCUCAAGCUAAAUGCGCCGGAGUGGCCCUAUACCAUACUGGGAGCCAUUGGGUCCAUCCUAUCUGGCUUCAUCGGCCCUACCUUUGCUAUUGUGAUGAGCAACAUGAUUGAAGUGUUCUAUUUCCGGGACCCAAAUGCAAUGGAGAGGAAGACUAGAGAGUAUGUGUUCAUCUACAUUGGCACUGGGUUGUAUGCAGUUGUUGCAUAUCUCGUUCAGCAUUACUUCUUCAGCAUCAUGGGCGAAAAUCUGACCACAAGGGUGCGGAGGAUGAUGCUAGCUGCUAUCUUGAGGAAUGACGUGGGGUGGUUUGAUCAAGAGGAGAACAACUCAAGCCUUGUGGCGGCACGCCUUUCCACCGACGCAGCGGAUGUGAAGUCGGCCAUAGCAGAACGGAUAUCGGUCAUCCUGCAGAACAUGACCUCUCUUCUCGUGUCCUUUGUGGUGGGCUUCAUCAUCGAAUGGCGGGUGGCUAUCCUCAUUCUUGUCACGUUCCCUCUCCUUGUCCUUGCCAACUUUGCCCAGCAACUGUCGAUGAAAGGAUUCGCCGGCGACACGGCCAAGGCGCACGCCAAGACGAGCAUGAUCGCCGGGGAGGGCGUCAGCAACAUCCGCACCGUGGCGGCGUUCAACGCGCAGGACAAGGUCCUGUCCCUCUUCUGCACCGAGCUGCGGGUCCCGCAGAUGCACAGCCUGCGGCGGAGCCAGAUCUCCGGCGCGCUCUUCGGCCUCUCGCAGCUGUCCCUGUACGCCUCCGAGGCGCUCAUACUCUGGUACGGCGCGCACCUCGUCCGACACCAUGUGUCCACCUUCUCCAAGGUCAUCAAGGUCUUCGUCGUGCUCGUCAUCACGGCCAACACCGUCGCCGAGACCGUCAGCCUCGCGCCGGAGAUCGUGCGCGGCGGCGAGUCCAUCCGCUCGGUCUUCGCCAUCCUCAACUACAGGACGCGGAUUGACCCGGAUGAGCCGGACACCGAGCCGGUCGAGUCCGUCCGCGGCGACAUCGACUUCCGGCACGUCGACUUCGCCUACCCGUCGCGCCCCGACGUGAUGGUCUUCAAGGACUUCAGCCUGAGGAUCCGAGCUGGGCAGAGCCAGGCGCUCGUCGGAGCGAGCGGUUCAGGGAAGAGCACCGUCAUUGCCCUCAUCGAGCGGUUCUACGACCCUCUCGCCGGGAAGGUUAUGAUCGACGGCAAGGACAUCCGGCGGCUGAACGUGAGGCAACUGCGUCUCAAGAUCGGGCUGGUGCAGCAGGAGCCCGUGCUGUUCGCCACCAGCAUCAUGGAGAACAUCGCCUACGGCAAGGACGGCGCGACGGAGGAGGAGGUGGUCGAGGCCGCCAAGGUGGCCAACAUGCACGGCUUCGUCAGCGCGCUCCCGGAGGGCUACAAGACCCCCGUCGGCGAGCGCGGGGUGCAGCUCUCCGGCGGGCAGAAGCAGCGGAUCGCCAUCGCUCGCGCCGUGCUCAAGGACCCCGCCGUGCUCCUGCUGGACGAGGCGACGAGCGCGCUGGACGCCGAGUCCGAGUGCGUGCUCCAGGAGGCGCUGGAGCGCAUCAUGAAGGGCCGGACGGCGGUGCUGGUGGCGCACCGGCUGUCGACGAUCCGGGGCGUCGACUCCAUCGCCGUGGUGCAGGACGGGCGCGUGGUCGAGCAGGGCAGCCACGGCGAGCUCGUAUCGCGGCCCGACGGCGCCUACUCGCGGCUGCUACAGCUGCAGCUACACCAUGGCUGAUCUUGAUCCAGAUGAACACACGCCUAGGUGCCGGGUGUAGAUACGGGUGAGAGGCGAGCGUCGUGAUGGGUGGUGACCGUGCGGUGGCCAGAAGUACACCUGUUUUUCUUAUUCCUGUAAGCGAUCAGGAUUGUGCCGGCAGUGAUGCUACCUUGUGUUUUGGCACUAAUGGCGGUUCUGGCAAAUUUUAGACGCUCACACGAA